AUGUCAGUGUUGGUGACACCAAAACCCAACCUGAGCCACCAGGGAGGCUGUUUUGUUUUGGAGGUGACUCUGCUGGAAAAUUACUGCCUGCGCACAGUGAGUGUGGGCCUGGGGCGGUGCAGGAGCAGUAUAAAAGCAGGUCCUUCUCCUCACUCUCUCAUCCACUCCUCUCGCCUCCACCUCCUUGGGAACAAGGUGCAUCUCCAGCCCCAAGCCAUGUCCUGCUACAACGCGUGCCUGCCCUGCCAGCCCUGCGGCCCGACCCCACUGGCCAACAGCUGCAAUGAGCCCUGUACCCUGCAGUGCCAGGACUCCAGGGUUGUCAUCCAGCCCUCCCCGGUGGUGGUGACCCUGCCCGGACCCAUCCUCAGCUCCUUCCCCCAGAAUACCGCCGUGGGAAAUUCCACCGGCGCUGCUGUUGGCAACAUCCUCAGUGAUGCAGGAGUGCCCAUCAACUCUGGGGGCUUCGGCCUCUCCGGCUUCGGUGGCUUCGGCAGUGGCUACUGUGGCAGGAGAUGCUUCCCCUGCUAAAGCUGCUGACCAUGGCCCCAGGGAAGGCCCCCACGGACACCCAAGAUGGAAGAUGGCCCCACACUGGGGACAGAACAUGGACUUGUAGCUUUGAGAGGUGCUGAGCAACCCCAGCACCCCUUGCAAAAGGACAGGGUCAGCCUGGGCUCUUCACAAAGCACGGCCCAUGACUGCCUUUCCCCUCUGCCACUCUCUCCUUUCCCUCCCAUGUCUUUGUUCUCUUGUGCUCCCCUGGGCUGUGAGCCCCACCAAUCCAGCCUAGGGAGGACCUGCUGGCCCUGUUCCCUCUGUGGGGCAGGCAGAUGGACACCUGGUGGCAUCUCUGCCACAGCCUUAAGUGGAAGUCUCCUUUCUUUCCCCGUUUCUCUCUGCACAGGGAUUGUCACUCAAAGUGAAAUUGUUUCACUGUCUUGACUCAUUAAAGUUCUGUUGCAUCCCAG